AUGAGUGAGAGGAGAGGUUGGCUGCGAGCUGCGGUGAAUGAGAGGCUGGCAGCGGCGGCAGAGGAUAUCUUUGUUCUGGUGGAGAGGCUAAUAGUGGAGUAUGAGGAGGAAGUGUGUCGCUCCAGAGAGGAGAAGGUGAGGAACCAGCAGCUACUGGAGUCACUGAUGAGGCCCAAAGCCCUGCUCCACGGAAAAGAAGGGCUCCAGAUUAGCCCCAAUGGAUCAGACACAGAGCCCAGACUUAAGGAGGAAAUCCCAGAAAGUCCACUGCCUGAAAAGUGCCUUAAACAGGAGGAAGAGCAGCCCCCAGGGUUUACUUCUGUGUGUGUUAAGAGUGAAGAGCAGUCCUCUCUGCUUCAACAAACACUAAGUGAGGACGAAGAGGAAACAGAGGAACAGCACUGUGGAGCAGCAGACACGAGCUUGGACACACAUGGACAUUUGCACAUUUACUCCGAGACAGAAGAGCAAAGGGACAACUCUUCUGAAACUGAAGAUGAUGAAGACUGGGAUCAACCAGCCAGCAGCUCUACUGCACAGAUGGAGACAAAGGCUGAUGGAGACCACUACAACCAAGUGCCUGGCAGAGGAGGCUUCACCAUGGAGCCCAAAGAGAACGAGGCCUCUGGAUGUGAAAAAGAGAAAGAAAAAGACAAAACAAUUAAAAGGAGGAACCGUCCGGUAUUAUGGCGUUAUCUGGAGAGGAGAAAGACAGACACUAUUGUAGCGGAUGACAAAAGUGACAUCAACCUGGGGACACUUGUGAGGAGGAGUCAAUCAGACAAGACGGAAUACAGCGCAAAACUUAAAGGGAAGCUGACCCCCUUGGACCAAUCCACACCCACGUCUCCAGCACUUGACCCUGAAGAGGUGCGAGCGAGGAAGAUGAAGCGAAGAUCAAAAGUCAUCCAGGAGCUGGUGCAGACGGAGAAGGACUUCCUGACCGACCUUGAGCUGUGCAUCAGGGAGGUGGUGCAGCCACUGAGGAACAUGCAGGUUUUAGAUGUAGAUCGUCUCUUCACUAACAUGGAGACAGUGUGUGAAGUAUCUGCAGCUUUGUACCAAAGACUGCAGGAAGCAAUAUCCGACCCAGAUCCAGAGGCAGUCAUCAUUGGCGAAGUAUUUAUCCAGGCCAAGGCAGCUAUAGAAGAUGUGUACAAAAUAUACUGCUACCAUCAUGAUGAUGCCAACAUGUCCUUGAAAGCCUAUGAGCAAGAGGAAGACGUAAAGAAACAUUUGACUGCAUGUGUAUUAGCACUGAAGUGCAUUUAUGAAAAAGAAGGUAAGCCCAACUUGUUAAACAUGGGCUCUCUACUCAUCAAGCCGGUACAAAGAAUCAUGAAGUACCCAUUGCUCCUUGGAGAGCUAUGGCAGACCACACCAGAGAACCACCCAGACCACCAGCCGGUGCAAGAGGCCUUCACUGCUGCCAGAAUAAUUAACCUUAACAUUAAUGAAUUCAAGAGACGUAAGGACAUAGUGAUGAAAUAUAAACGUCUGGAAGAUGAAGGCACAUUGCGAGGAAAGUUGCACAAAUUCAACAUCCACUCUAUACGGAAGAAAGGGGACAGAUUUGCGGGAUUUCUCAAGAUUCUCACAGGAGUUGAGCCCCAGGUGCGAGAUGAAGUUUUUGACCGAGAAGAGAAGCUCUUCAGGAGCCUAGAGAAAGCAGUCAGGCAGAUGGUCAAAAACAUUCAGUGCUACAUGCAAGAAACCCAGGAAAUGCUAUCUGUGGCUGUCCAAAAUGCCCAUGACAUGGAAAAUAUUAUCAAAGAAUUCAACAAAAAUGACAAAAAUGGCCUUUAUCAUCAUAAUGGAAAUGACCCAUACAAGCACUUUAAAGACAGUGUGGAGCAGCUGGUGCUUGGUCCACUGUCCUCUCUCCAGGGCAUGUUCACAGCUCCACAGAAGCUCAUCCAGAAGAGGUAUGACAAGCUGCUGGACUACUGCAGCCGCUUGGAACGCUCUUCCUCCCAGACAGCAUCAUCUUCUUCAGCGUCCCCCUCACCCAGCGUGCCAUCAACAGUUCCAGACGACCAGGGCCCUGCCAGGAGAGACUACGAGGCCCUCAAUGCCAUGUUAGUGGAGGAACUGCAGAGGUUCAAUAUGGCUGCACACACCAUCCUCACCAACUGCGUGCUUCAUUUAGUGGCCUUGUUGAGACAUCUUAUGGCAAAGCUUUUACUUCCAGCUCCAUCUUUGAAUCAACUACCGGUUCCUUUAUCCAAUAUGGCAGAAGUUCAAAACAGCAUCAUGGAGGAGCUGGGCAACAUGUCUUUUGUGAAGGAUAACACACAGAAACUGAUGGAACGUAAAGUCAGCUUUGAAAGACAACGAGACAGAAAGAUUACGAUGCCUGAGGUGCAACAUCAGACCGAGGAGCAGCGGGCCUGGCUCUUGGCGGAGUACCCUCGGGAGCGUAUCUACCAGCUGAAGAGAAAGUGUAAUGGGUGCCAAGAGCAGGACCUCAGCCUGCUGGAAGGAGAGCUGGUGGCUCUGCUUGAGGACUCCGACCCUUUUGGCAGUAGCAGUCGUUGGCUUGUUCACUCAGGAGAUGCUCAGGGGUACAUGUACUCCACCUUUCUGAAACCAUACAACCCACUGAGAGACUCUCAGCGGUCAGGACAGCUAACCUGGGAUCAGCAGUCAACCCAACAGCCAGUGGUCAUGUUGGACGAGGACUUUGAUAACAUAAGCCUGUUUGUGUCAGGCAGCGGCAGCAGCAGUCUGCGCAGCUUCAACCUUAACACCACUGACAGCAGCUCCAUGUUAUCUGGUCUACUGGGGGAGUCGGACAGCUUGGAGGACCAGGGGGUCUCUGUAGAUGGGGACGAUAUUAUUGAUGACUCGCAACAGUUUUAUGCUGUAUAUGCGUUUCAAGCCCGCUGUGACCAAGAACUAAGUCUUCAGGAGUACCAGCAUGUGCGGAUCCUCCAGUUCUGUGACCUGGGUGGAAACAAAGAGUGGUGGCUGGCUGAGUCCAACGGACAGAAAGGCUAUGUUCCUGCCAACUACCUGGGAAAGAUGUCCUAUGCUUGA